AUGCCAAAAAAUAGGAAUCGUUCCGAUUUGCUCCAUGAUGAUGAUAUGGAUGUUGGAAAAGAGCAAAUCAUCGUCAAGGUCAUGAUUCUCGGUGACAGUUGCACCGGAAAAACGUGUCUCUUGAUCCGCUACAAGGAUGGUGCCUUUCUCAACAACAACUUCAUCUCGACUGUCGGAAUCGACUAUCGGCUAAAGGAACAACAAGUUGAUCAACAUGGGAGACAAGAAAGUCAAGCUCCAGGUAUAACUCGAUUUUCGGACUUUCUCACACCCACAAAUUCAUUUUCUCAGAUCUGGGAUACUGCUGGACAGGAGCGCUUUCGCUCAGUUGCCACGUCAUACUAUCGCGACGCCGAUGCUCUUCUUCUCGUCUACGACAUCGCGAACCGCCAAAGUUUUGACAACGUCCGCGACUGGCUCUCACAUAUCAAAGAGCACGGAAAGGAGGCUGUACAAGUGACACUUGUUGGCAACAAAUGUGAUUUGCCGAGAGUAGUUCAGGCGGAUGAGGGAAGACGUCUUGCCGAGGAGAACGGAAUUCCAUUCAUGGAGACCAGUGCCAAGACCGGGCAAAACGUGGAUAGAGCAUUCCUUGGACUUGCCGAACGCAUGAUCAAGAUGAAGUACGGUUUCGUACCAGGAGGAGAGAUGGCUGACACCAUCGCGGUAAACGAGUCGAAAAGCAUCAACCUCUCGAACUGCUGCCUAAUCACCUAA